AUGAAGCAAAUCUGGCUCUCUCUACUCUUUGGCCUCUCCCUAUGUCUGGUUUUCUUUUGCGCUGCCGAGGAAGGACUCGAGUUCCCUAACUUUGACGGGAAGGACAGGGUGCUGGACAUCAACGAGCGCAACUUCAAGAAGGCUCUGAAGAGAUACGACCUGCUGUGCCUGUUCUACCAUGAACCCAUGCCAGCCAACAAGGGCCUGCAGAAGCGGUUCCAGAUGACAGAGCUGGUGCUGGAGCUCACAGCCCAAGUCCUGGAGAACAAAGACAUUGGUUUUGGGAUGGUGGACUCCCAGAAGGAUUCCAAAGUAGCCAAAAAGCUGGGUCUACAGGAGGUGGGCAGCUUGUACGUCUUCAAGGACGACCGAGUCAUUGAGUUUGAUGGAGAGCUCUCAUCAGACACACUGGUGGAGUUCUUGCUAGAUGUGCUGGAGGACCCAGUAGAAAUGAUCAAUAAUGCAAUGGAGCUGCGAGCCUUCGAGAGGAUGGAGGAGGACAUCCGCCUCAUUGGCUACUUCAAGGGAGAAGAUUCAUAUUUCAAAGCUUUUCAGGAGGCCUCGGAGCGUUUUCAACCUUACAUCAAGUUCUUUGCUACAUUUGAUAAAUCUGUAGCCAAACAUCUCUCCCUCAAGAUGAAUGAAGUGAAUUUCUAUGAGCCAUUCAUGGAGGAGCCCGCCAUCCUGCCUGGCAGACCUCUGUCUGAGAUGGACAUUGUUGACUUUGUCAACCAACACAGGAGAGCUACUUUGAGGAAGCUCCGGGCCGAGAAUAUGUUUGAGACAUGGGAGGACGACAUGGAUGGAAUACAUAUUGUUGCAUUUGCUGAAGAGGAAGAUCCAGAUGGCUAUGAGUUCCUGGAGAUCCUGAAGGACGUGGCCAGAGACAACACCAACAACGCAGAGCUCAGCAUUGUUUGGAUCGACCCAGAUGACUUCCCUCUGCUGACAACUUACUGGGAAAAAACCUUCAAGUUGGACCUAUUUAGACCUCAGAUUGGUGUGGUCAACGUCACAGAUGCGGACAGUGUAUGGCUGGACAUGUCCAACGAUGAGGACCUACCCACAGCAGAAGAGCUGGAGGACUGGAUAGAGGAUGUCCUGUCGGGGAGGGUGAACACCGAGGACGAUGACGAGUCCGCCGACGACCAGGAAAGCCCUGACAGCUACAUCACAGAAGACAGCGGGGAAAGUCGUGACCCAGAUGAGGAAGAUGACAGCGAUGACUAA